AUGAGCGCCCUCGGCAACCUCUGCCUGCUCUUUGGUUUGCAAUGGCAGGCCGCAGGCGGAGUGGCGCCUGAAGCCUCGCAAAGUCAAUGGGCAGUUGCGGAGGACGGCAGCAUGGAGUCUCCCUCUUCCGGCCCUUCUCGGCUUCUACGCAGCGAGCGGGGAGGGCUGGCAGUCGGUGCAGACGGGAGACUUCAGCAAGGAGGCUCAGCGCCGCCUUCUCUGCUCGAACGUGAGGUGGCUGGAGCCACUGCUCAUCAGCCGGGUAAUGUCACCUUCGUUCCCAUGAGCAAAUGCCAAGAGGACCCUUGCGCGGACUGCCAGUGGACAGAUUGGGAGGUGUGGUCACCUUGUUCGGUCUCAUGCUCCGGUGGCAAGCGCAGCCGUCGCCGGGCCGUGAAAGUACAGGCGGAAGGCGAUGGUCAAGCAUGCAUCGGCAACUCCACUCAGACCGAGGACUGCGGCGAAGCCGCCUGCCCUGUGGACUGUGAGGUUAGUGAUUGGACCUCCUGGACUCCUUGCGCGCCGUUCUGCCAUGGCACAACGAACCGAAGCCGCAGCGUCCACCGGCAAGCUGCCAACGGUGGCCUGGCCUGCGGCAACCUGUCUGAGGUGAAGUCCUGCACAAACUUCUGCAUGGACUGCAAGCUCUCGGAUUGGAGCGAAUGGAGCAUCUGCACUCGGAGCUGCGCAGGCGGCUCACGAUCAAGGACGCGAAAUGAAGUCUUCGUGACACGGGAACAUCCUUCCAGCUCUUUGCUGGAGCUAGGUGCCCGCAGCAGGGCCUUUGGCUACGAGAAGAAACUGGGCCUGAGGUGUGAUGCGGGUCACCAGCGAACUCUAGAUGGGGCGGGAAAGACGCCACAAGAAGCGCAGGAAGCCUGCAGCGUGGAUCCGACCUGUGGCGGCCUCUACGAUAAAGGCUGCAACAACGGGUUGACCAUCUGUGAUGUCGGCAUGCUCCUAGAGCCCGAAGAGAAGUCGUGCUCCUAUGUCAAGAAGGAGAUUGGCGAGGGUGUGCCUUGCACCGGCGAGAUCAGCGAAAAGGAGGAGUGCAGCACACAAGCUUGUCCAGUAGACUGCCGCCAGUCCGAGUGGACCGAUUGGACAGAGUGCUCCCCAUGGUGCUCCGGAACCUCGAAGAGGACGCGCACCACCACUCGGGAGCCCGCAAACGGUGGUGUGGCCUGUGGUAGCAUUGCCGAGGUGCAGAACUGCACGAAUGUCUGUGUGGAUUGCGAGUGGGGGAGUUGGGUUGCCUGGUCAAACUGCCCUGUGAGUUGUGGCGGAGCGAAGCAGAAACGCAGCCGCAACGUGUUGGUGCAGCAAGCGGGUAGGGGAAAGCCCUGCCAAGGCAACUCUUCGGAAGUGCGUGGCUGCGGAGAACUGGCAUGUCCGGUGGACUGCAGCAUGGAGGACUGGACGGACUGGACGAGCUGCACUCCGUACUGCAAGGGGAGUCAGUCCAGAACUCGCAGCAUUCUCGUUGACCCCUUAAAUGGUGGAAAAGCCUGCGGCGAAACGUCCCUGGUCGUGAACUGCAGCAACGCCUGCGUGGAUUGUGAGGUUUCCGACUGGUCGGCUUGGACCCCCUGCUCGGUGAGCUGCGGGAGCGGCCAGCAGUCGAGGAAGCGCGUGGUCUUGGUCGAGCCCGAAGGCCAGGGUGCCCCCUGCCCAGCGGACUUGCUGGACGAGAAAGAGGGCUGCAAUGCCACGGAAUGCCCUGUUGAUUGUGCAUGGCAAGACUGGGCUCCAUGGAACGGCUGCCCAGCGACUUGUGGCGGUGCCAUUCAGAAUCGAACCCGAGGCAAGAUCGAAGAAAAGUUUGGUGGUGUGCCCUGCGAAGGGGAAGCCCUCGAGCAAGGCUCUUGCGCAGAGAUGGUGUGUCCGCAGGACUGCCUCUGGUCAGAGUGGGAAGCCUGGGGCAACUGCACCAAGCUCUGCGGCGGUGGGAAGCAGUCUCGCUACCGAUACAUAAAGCAAGAUGUGAUGGGAGAGGGCACCAACUGCACCGGUUCGGCCCACGAUGAGCGGACUUGCAACGAGGAUGCCUGCCCCAAGGAUUGCGAGUUUUUGGAUUGGGACGAAUGGAGCACCUGUUCUGUCAGCUGUGGGGCUGGCGGCAACAGGACUCGGUCCCGGAAGGUGGAUGCCGAGAUCAACGGCGGUGCGUCCUGUGACCCCGCGGUACCGCUCCAGGAAACAGUUGAGUGUGGCACUUCCGGCUGCCCGCGGGACUGUGCUUGGGGCGACUGGGGCACCUGGACCAACUGUAGCAAAACCUGCGGCUUGGGUCUGAACGCCGGUAUCACUACGCGCCAUCGGGUGCAAGCCAUCACUGCGGCCUUUGGAGGGAAGGCCUGUGAGGGCAAGACGGUUCACACCACCCGCUGCAACGAGGUUCUUUGUCCCGUAAACUGUGAAUGGGAACCCUGGACUGCAUGGACGGAAUGUGUGAUGCCCUGUGGUAGCAAUGGGACGAGGCAAAGGUCACGUGGAAAGACUCCGCCCGCACAUGGCGGAGAGGAUUGCGUGGGGGACUCCACGGAGACCUCGGCCUGUACCGUGCUGGGCGGCUGCUCGGUGAACUGCACCUGGGAGGACUGGAACGAGUGGACUGCCUGUUCGGCAUCCUGCGGAGAGGGGAGUCGAGUCAGGUUUCGCUUCGUAGCUGACGAGGCCCGUGGACCACAUGGCCAGGCUUGUCAUGGCCAACCCCAGGAGGACGAGUAUUGCAACCCUGGCAAUGCAUGCCCCGUCGACUGUGCCUUCAACGACUGGAAGGACUGGGGUGCUUGUGAGCCCAUGCCUUGUGGGCCUGCCAAGAAGCUGCGAGCGAGGACGAAGCUGGCGGCGCGCUAUGGCGGCAAGCCUUGCGAGGGCAAUGCCACAGAGGUGGAAGAGUGCACGGUUCCGGGAGGAAGAAUCAUUGAGUGCGACGAGAACGGCAAGCCUGUCACAUCGACCUCAACGACAUUCACCACCACAACUACAUUGACAACUACCACGCGGACCAACACGACCACGACAGUCACUGCAACAAGCACGACUACGCAAACCAUCACAAACACCACCACCACUCCAAGCACGACCACGGCCGCACCCAUCGUUGUCACUACGGUGGGGCUUAACCCGGAGUCGGCUGCUGCGGCGGUUGCUGCAACAGCGGAGGAGUCCGUGCAGGGAAGUGAAGAGUUGGAGGUGACGGAUCCGGACAAGUUCGUGAAGGACCCGGCAGCGAAGGAGGCCUUGAAGGAGGCCAUCGCCCAGGAGGUCGGCGUCUCUGUUGAUGCCGUGAUCAUCAAGGGCGAAACCGUCGAGCCGCAGGCCCCUGCGGUUCUCCUUCAAUCUCACGCAGGCAAGGCCCGUCGGAGAGAGACUCCCAGUGGUCGCGUCAACGUUAGCUAUGAGAUUGUCCCACAAAUGAGUGGCAAGACGGUUGACGAAGUCAUGGACAAGAUGGAGCAUUUGGAUCCACAAGAGGUGGCCGAAGUCCACGAGAAGAGCCUCUUGAGAAACAACGUCGCAAAGUACAGCGUCAAGGUUGAGGACACGAAGACAGUGGUGGUGUCCAAGUCCACUGGAAACACCGUUCGCGAGGCCGACCCACUAAAAUCCGGCUGCUCUGCGGUGGCGUGGUCGGCUCCUUUCGUGGUUUGGACGUUGUGCCAACACCUUUAUUUAUGGAGUUCCUGA